CAUUCAGCUCAAGCUCCGAUUUCGUUCCACAAUCAGCUGAUAUAUUUAACAGGUAUUUGGCGGAAUCGCCCAAGAUUUCUUGCGAGAAGAAAGUGUACCGUGUCGUGGUAUUCCGCCGAUGGGAUUUUACCUGUAGGAACUAAUUCUGCACUUCGAUUCCGUGAUUCGUUGGCUAAUUAAUAUAGCGGCGAAUUUGACAAAUCCAAUACAGAAUCAUUAACAACGAAUCCGCUGAUUCUCUUCCGGAAGCCACCAGACUAUUUAGUCUCGCAUGUAUGGCCAAUAACUUUAAGUUAUUUUAUAGAUAUCCAAAACCAAUCAUGGUGGAGUACAUACAAAAUGUUGUGGGUAAUUGCUUGUAGACCGUAAAUUUUAGGUUAUUAACUUAUAAACAUAGAUUCGGAGCUAGAAGCACACAAAUCCCAAAAAUUUAUGGAAAGAGAACAAUCAGUAGACUAGAUGGCCAACCCCCUGCACCGCCCUCGGUUGGAUUCGAAAGUAUGGAUGGAAAUCCCAUUGUAGGAGUGGGACCCAUGAAUCAAGUUCAAAAUAUCGCACUAUGGUUACGCAACUCGUAUAAGCAGCGCGCAUACCAAAUCAGAGAUGCACUGAUUGCUCAUGGAAAUCUAGAAAGUAGUUUUCCAGUCGCAUACUGGCCACCAUCACUGCCACCUGAUGACUAUGAGGAUGACGACGAUGAAGGGGAGGACGAGGAAGACGAAGAUAACGAAGAAGUACCUUUUUGCCUACGCUAUGAUGAGAUCAAAAACUAUUUAAUCAAUCAAAAGAGAGAAUUGGCUAUUGAUACGAUGAAAUUCAGAAUGCCAGAACAUACCCUCCAUCAGUACAUACGUAGAAACGGCGGAAUAAAUUUAAGCGCAGAAGAAUGGAGGGAAUUUCUCUUAACCUGUACCGAGCGCAUGGAAUUAUUUCAGUAAGAUCCCCACAAUUAUGUGCCAUAACAUAUAUGACUAACAAAGUAGAAUUCGUGAGAAGAACGGAAAAUUGCCUACUCCAUACCAUGCGAUUCUCCGAAUACUUAGUAACGGAUGGUCCACGAACUUAGCAACUCCAGAUACCCAGGUGCAAGUGAAUAUAUCAGGAGAACAAGCAGAGUCUUUCUUCAAUGCCAGUAUGAUUUAUUUAACCGAUAGAAAAGAACCUUGGUACAGACUAGAUUUUUGGGACGCCGAUGUGGAGAUUUUUCGAACUUUGUGUAACAAUUGGUUGGUGGAUAAUAAUCGUGGUAAUCCUCUUUCAAGGGAUGUUUUCGAAGCAUGUAUACGAGCCGGGGUGCAGCCUCGAUUUGUGUAAGUUUUGGAUAGUCUGUUUUUAUACGUAGCUUGCUGAUAAUUGUAGCCUCGGUCCUAAAGGUAUUGUUCGAAAAUUGCCUGGACCACCUAAAAAAACGACGGCAUCCAGAAAAAGGCGGGCGAAAGGCCCUCAACCCGGUCCUCCAUCAAAGCAUCGGAGUCAAAAUCGUCCUACUUAAAUGAUUUGAUUUUGUAUAAAUGGCAUUCGUUCUCCAUCAGCAUAACUUUAACUUUGUUGCGCCAGGGGACUUUCUACUGACCAUCCUCAUGAGAAUGGUAUCCACGAGGAAACAAGUGAAUUUUGUUUGACAAUAUCAUAUACAUCCUGCUGCCUGGGUUCAAGGCGUGCGAAA